CAAGGGAUACAACUUAUUCACAUGCUCUAUCAUGAUGAAAAUGAACUGUCAUCUUCACUGAAAACUAGCAGCAUAAGGUCUAUCUGAUACAUGCUAUGCAGAACUGUUACUUAAAGUCUACUAAAAAUGGAUGUCUUGUAGCCUGCUGCCAAAUCCUGCCACUGCUGCACAUCUCGCAGCACCUCUACAUCAUCACAUGACUCUUGAUAUGGACGCUGUCCUGUCAGACUUUGUUCGGUCCACGGGGGCAGAACCAGGUCUGGCAAGAGACUUGCUAGAAGGCAAAAACUGGGAUUUGGCUGCUGCCCUGAGUGACUAUGAGCAGCUUAGACAGGUUCAUACAGCCAAUCUGCCCCAAGUGUUCAAUGAAGGGAAAUACCCCAAGCAGCAGCAGGAAAGAGAACCUUCCCAACAGGUGAACAAGAGUGAGCGGUCUUCUCUUCAGAGGCAGGAUGACAUUGCUCAAGAAAAGAGACUCUCUAGAGGAAUUUCCCAUGCCAGCUCAGCGAUAGUCUCACUUGCUCGAUCCCAUGUGGCCAAUGAAUGCAACAAUGAACAUUUCCCUCUGGAGAUGCCCAUCUAUACAUUCCAGCUCCCUGAUCUUAGUGUUUACAGUGAAGACUUUAGGAGCUUCAUAGAGCGAGACUUGAUUGAGCAGGCGACCAUGAUUGCUCUGGAACAAGCUGGUCGUCUUAACUGGUGGUCCACAGUGUGUACAAGUUGUAAACGGCUUCUUCCAUUGGCAACAACUGGUGAUGGAAACUGCCUGUUACAUGCUGCUUCUCUGGGAAUGUGGGGAUUUCACGACAGGGACCUUGUAUUACGGAAAGCACUCUACACAAUGAUGAGAAGUGGUGCUGAAAGGGAAGCCCUGAAAAGAAGGUGGAGGUGGCAGCAGACACAGCAGAAUAAGGAGUCGGGGUUAGUUUAUACUGAAGAAGAAUGGGAGCGGGAAUGGAAUGAACUGUUAAAGCUGGCUUCAAGUGAACCACGCACUCACUUCAGCAAAAAUGGAGGCACUGGUGGUGGAGUUGACAAUUCUGAAGAUCCAGUCUAUGAGAGCCUAGAGGAGUUCCAUGUUUUUGUCCUAGCGCAUAUAUUAAGGCGACCGAUUGUUGUUGUUGCAGAUACAAUGUUACGAGAUUCAGGAGGAGAAGCAUUUGCACCAAUUCCAUUUGGUGGAAUUUACUUGCCUUUGGAAGUUAUGCCUAACCGAUGUCAUUGCUCGCCCCUAGUCCUUGCCUAUGAUCAAGCACAUUUCUCUGCUCUUGUGUCUAUGGAACAGAAAGAUCAACAGAGGGAACAAGCGGUGAUCCCUCUGACUGAUUCUGAACACAAGUUACUGCCUUUGCAUUUUGCUGUUGAUCCAGGGAAAGACUGGGAGUGGGGGAAGGAUGACAAUGAUAACUCCAAGCUGGCCAAUUUGAUUCUGUCAUUGGAGGCAAAGCUUAAUCUUCUGCACAGUUACAUGAAUGUAACCUGGAUACGCAUGCCAUCGGAAACACGGGCUCCUCUGGCUCAGCCAGAAUCGCCUACUGCGUCAGCAGGAGAGGAUGUUCAGUCUCUAGCUGAUUCCAUGGACUCCGAUCGAGAUUCCAUCUGUAGUAAUUCUAACGGCAGUAAUGGCAAAAAUGGGAAAGAGAAAGAAAAACAAAGGAAGGAUAAAGAAAAAAACCGGGCUGAUUCAGUUGCUAACAAACUUGGGAGUCUCAGUAAAACUCUAGGCAUCAAGCUAAAGAAGAAUAUGGGUGGGCUUGGCGGACUAGUGCACGGCAAAAUGAGCAGAGCAAAUUCAGGAAAUGGUAAAAAUGGGGAGAUAAUUGAGAAAGUUAAAGAGAAAAAGUCCAAGUCGCGUAAAGGAAGCAAAGAGGAAUCUGGCCAGUCUGCAAGCACUUCUCCUUCUGAAAAGACGACCCCCUCCCCCACUGAGAAGGCAAGUAUCUCACCUGUUGAAAAAAUGAAUUCAAAAUCCCCUUCAGAUAAGCAGUCAGACCCAUGGAAGUACAGUACUGACGUGAAGCUGAGCCUCAAUAUUUUGAGAGCUGCCAUGCAAGGGGAACGCAAGUUCAUUUUUGCUGGCCUCCUAUUGACCAGCCAUAGACAUCAGUUUCACGAGGAGAUGAUUGGUUAUUAUUUGACCAGUGCCCAGGAACGCUUCAGUGCUGAACAGGAACAGAAAAGGAAAGAGGCAGAGAAGAAGGCUACUCUCAAUGGGUCGUCCUGCAGGAAACUGGAGCAAGAAGCGUACUCAAAAGAGAAGCUGGAAUCAUCUCCUCAGGGAAGGGCAUCACCAGUCUUGCCUCAAAGCCAUACUACUCAACUGGUUUUAAAGUUCAAAGAUCGCACUAGUCCCAUACCAGGGUCAUUUUCUUCACCUAGCAAUGGUGCCAAGAGAAGUGGACCCAUUCCAGUAUCUGCCCACUAUAGCCAUACACCCCCUGUUCAAAGGCAGAGUGUCAUCCACUUGCACGAUGUCAACUCCAAGCCAUCGAGCUUCCAAGAUGAUACUUACAAGCCAAUGGUUGGCACCUUAAAAACAUGUGCCACGUAUCCCCAACAGAACCGCUCGUUGUCUUCACAGAGUUAUAGUCCAGCCCGAAUAGCAGGCAUCCGUACUGUCAACACAGUGGAGUCAUUGACCUAUGCCAUGCCUACGGACCACAAGUCGCAAACGUAUACCAAUGGGUUUAAUACCAGUGACAUUAGAGACUGUUUAGAAUAUGCUGAUGAGGAAGCACCUCAGACCUGGUUGAACAAUGAUAAAAAUCGAGGCAGGAAUACAGUUUGCCCGAUAUAUUCUAUCCAGCAGAACCGCUGCAAGAAAGAGAACUGCUCCUUUUAUGGUCGCCCUGAGACUGAAAACUAUUGCUCCUACUGCUAUAAGGAAGAGCUAAAACGCAGGGAGCGAGAAAGUAAGGGCCACCGACAUUGAAGAUGGUGGAGCUCUUCCCAUGAAUAUUUAUUUCCUCCCAUUUUCUUACUUAGGAAGUAUGUGGCAAUGGAUUAUAGGGAGAUGGAAAAACAACUCCUAUGGGGGAUUUAUGAGGAAAAAGGUCUAGCUUAUUUUUUUUCUGGGUCGAUAAAAAAACAAGGAUUAAUUUAUCAUAAAGAGUUUAUUAUUUUCCAUUUUGUCAGUGUCUUUUUUACAUACACUGGUAAGCUGAAAGGUUGUUUACUCCUUUGUCAGUGCUAUGUAUAUGUGUGGUCAAAAUUUUACUAAUGGUGCCUGAAUUUACACUGACAUCACUCAGGUAGUAGAAAGAUAGGGAAAAAGUCAUAAUAACUGGAGAUGUGGUAUUGUAAUAAGAUUGUGUCUGCCUCAUUCUAUAGAGCCAUCUCAGUUAAAGAAAUUUAACUUUUCAUAGCUUGUUCUCCCCUCCCUUUUUUUUAAAGGGGGGAGGAAUAGUAAUUUUGCAUACAGUGCAUACUAACAUGCUAAUACCUUGUUAUAAACAUUUCUAUUAUUUUAGUAUUACUGUUUCUCCACAGAUACACAAAUCAAGGUCUGGAUUCAUGAGCACAGCUUUUCUUAUGAAACACAAAUCCUUGGAUAUAUUGAUUUAAGCAAACACUAGUUUUGUACUCCACAGAACCAAGAAUGAAAGGCC